AUGCCUGAUGUCAAGCGCACCGUCCGCCUCGUAACAGAGCAGCAUAUCAUUGAUAAGCCUUCAGAAGUAGAAGGUUUCCCGCAACGAUCAUGGUCGAUCGAGAUCUUCCUUGUGAAUGACAAAGGGGAACAAAUCCCUGCCAACCUUUUCGACAAGGUUGUCUACCACCUCCACCCCAGUUUUGGUGACCGCAGCACCCAGACAUUCAAGAACCCGCCGUUUCGAAUCUCCGAAGAAGGAUGGGGUGAAUUCGAUAUGACAAUCGAGCUUGUGGCGGACAAAUCGCAUAUGGUUGCACAUGAUUUGCACUUUCGGGAGGAGCGAUAUGAAUCUAAACAUGUCAUUGCCUUCAAGAACCCCAAGCCUGCUUUUUUGAACGCCUUGCGCGAGUCUGGUCCUGUUCCCGGCGACGAGAACGGAUUGAAGAACAAGCGCGGCGGAGCCGGUGAAGAGAGUGUCAAGAAGAAGAAGCGCACCGAGAAGAAUGUCGACAUGGAUAAACUUGCCGAUGGCCUGCAGAAGCUUGGCGAGGAUGAUCUGCUACAAGUCGUGCAAAUGGUGCACGACAACAAGUCGUCAGACUCCUACACUAAGAACGAUGUUGAGUUGGGCGAAUUCCACGUGGAUCUUUAUACCCUUCCAGACACCCUCAUCAAGAUGCUCUGGGACUUCACGGCCGAGCGUGGAAGUUUGUAA